AUUUUGUAUCGUCGUUUCCUGUUUAUAUUUCACCACGUCAAAAAAAUACAAAUUAUAUAAAAAUUAUGUCUAAACUAAGCAUAAACACCAACUUUACAUACUCCUUCUGCACUGUUUGCUACAACAAUGUUCUGUCCUCUUGAUCAGGUUAAUCUUACCAUUAUGGCUUUUUAAACACAGACACUAUGGUUGCCCUAUAGUGGGCAUCCAGUCUUUGGCUGGUAUCCAGCUGUUAAUUGGUGCUGCUUGUUAGCAAAUCUGUGCCACAAAUACAGUAUUUAUAACCAAGACAAACAGUAUUUAUUCAUCUUCAUUUUGUGACUAUUAAGUCAUCUUUCUUUGUGAUUAAAGUCAUACAUUAGGCUGUAAAUAUGGAGUGUGGGUUGAAGUGUAAAUCCAAAAGGCAUGCCUUAGAAGUCAAUGCAGCUGUAACAAAAGGAUUGUUAGAAGAAAUUCAAGCAUACUGCAAACUUUGUUAUGCUUCUACACAAGUGACCGAUAUAUAUGGAAGGACAACCCUACAUGUGGCAGCAUCGUGUGGCAAGUGUGAUGUGGUUGAAUGGUUGAUGACUGAUAGGAAUGCAGAUGCCACCCUUAAAGAUGUAGAAUCUGGGUGGACUGCCCUUCAUAGAGCAGCUUUUUAUGGACAAAUGGCAGCAUUUAGACUACUUGUCCAGUUUAAUUGUGACUUGUAUAGUAGAGAUCAUGAAGGAUUAUCUCCCUUGGACUUGUUCCUGAAAAAUGUUCCUGUCAAUGUUUCUUUUUCUGAUCAAGAUGCCAACAGUGUUUAUUCUUGGGGUGACAACACUAACUUUACCCUUGGACAUUCCACAGAACAGAGACGGAUUUACCCAGAGAGAGUAGAAAUGUUUAAAAAUGACAUUAAUGUCAAAGAUAUUGUGAUGUGUAAAUACCACAGUGUUUUCCUAUCACACACUGGACAAGUGUACACAUGUGGACAUGGACAGGGAGGUCGUCUGGGUCAUGGUGAUGAACACACUUGUUUGGUCCCAAGACAAGUGGAAUCUUUAAAUAAUGAAGUCUGUAUACAAAUAGCAGCAGCAAGAGAUCAUACCUUAAUUCUUGUUGACAGUGGAAUUGUAUAUUCUUGUGGAUUGAAUGAAAGCCAUCAGCUUGGACAAACAGUUAAAACGUCUUUAUUACCUAAGUCUAUAAAUGGUAAGGUACUAAAAGGGAAACAGAUUAAAGGAAUAUGUGCUGGCAGGUUCCAUUCUGUUGUGUAUACUAACCAUGCUGUGUUUACUUGUGGACUCAAUGCUGGACAGCUAGGUCAUCCAAAGAGUCAAGACAGAUUUUGUCCUUUAAGACAGGUGUCAGCACUAAAUCAGAAGGACAUUUUCUUUGAGAAGGUGGAAUGUUCUGAUGCAGCUGUCGUCUGUCUGACAUCUCAAGGAGACAUCUAUGUACUGCAUGAAUACCAGUGUAGGAAAAUAGCUUCAAAAUGGCAAGAUAUAGUAAAAAUGAAUGUAUCUGGAGGUAACUUGGACCAUAACACUGACAUUGAUGUACUGAGGGAGAAAGGAGGCACAGAACUUACCAUACUCUUACAACAUAGUCUUCCUGGAAAGAUAUUUAUAUGGAGGACCAGCAGUCCAGUUCUUAAAAGAUGUAGAUGGGCCAUUAGGAGACAAAUUCUUGUUCAAGAUGUCUGCCUGAGUUUAAAUUCAGUAUCCAUAGUAACAGAUAAUGGAGAAGCAUUCAUUGGUACCAUCAAUCCUAAGAAAUCUUCACCCAAAGAUAUUGUUCGUCAGAACUCAAUUAAUGCAACUGGAGAUGAUGAUUUUGGUAAGAUGAGAUUAAUUGAUUUGCUAUUAAAAGAUGAAAUAGAGGAUGUGUUGUUGAGAAGACUCCCUAACAUACAUAGAGCUACACAAAUAUUCUGUGACAGAAAAGGAAGAAACUUUACUGUGCUACAGUCCAAACCUAAUCUGUGUGUAACAGAUGUACCAUCUAUAAGUACCUCUAGUAUGAUAGAAGACUGUGAACAACUAAUGGAAGAAGCUGAUGAAUUUGAUAUGAUUCAUGAUGUCAUUAUAAAGAUUGGUGGCCAUUCAUGGAUAGCCCAUAAAUAUAUCCUUCUGAGUAGAUGUGAUUAUUUCCACAAGUUAUUAGCUGAGAGUAAGAAGAUGGAGGAUGACGAUACUUCUGUUAUAACAGUACAGGGGACUCAUCCUGAUAUCUUUGACCAAUUGAUCAAAUUUAUUUACACUGAUACUUGUGACCUUUUAACCCCUGGUGCGAAAUUUGAACUUUCCAAAAUAUCUGUUGAGUCUGGAGCUGAAGAUGAUUUUCUUGGUAAAGUUAUGGACACUGCUGUUAUAACCUCUCCACAUACAACGUCAGCAUUUGAAGUACUGAAGAAAAAGAAAGGGCAUGCUGGGAAAAAGGAUGAGAAACAAGUAAAGUCAACAAAUCCUGUCAAGAUGUUACAAGACUUGGCAAAGAAAUAUGGCAUUAAAGGGUUACCUAAAAGACUAGAAGCUGUAAAGAGUAUAGGAGGUAAAAUAGAUCUAUUACCAAACAGAUUUCUGCCUAAACCUUCAAUUAUGUUUGACAGACAAAGAGAGAAAGGUCUAUAUGAUGUGUGUAUAAAAUCAGAAGAUGGUGUAGAAUUUAUGUGUCACAAAUGUAUAUUAGUGGCCAGACUGGAAUACUUCCAGAGUAUGUUAAGCUGUGGAUGGGUUGAGACAUCUAAUACCAAAUCACUAAAUCUUCCAGUGACGGGAGAAGUGUUAGAAAUAUUACUGGAUUAUCUCUAUACUGAUAAAUCUGUUGUAAUCACAGAUACAGACAAUGUAGAGCUAUUAUGUAAUAUCUUAGUGGUAGCAGAUCAGAUGUUAGUUGUCAGACUAAAGGAAAUGUGUGAAACAUCUCUCUCACAACUAGUGACUUUUAAGAAUGUAGGAGAAUUACUUGAGUUUUCCAGUCUGUACAAUGCUACACAACUCAAGUCUACAUGUCAACAGUAUAUACAUAUCAAUCUAGCUGCAUUAAUGGAAGGAAGGUAUUUAGAUAUCCUGAGCGAUGAAGUAAUUGGAGACCUGAUGUCCUACUACAGAGAACAGGUGCCCGUUAUGUGUAGGAGAAUUAUCACCCCUUGGGAUGAAGGCCCUGAUAAAGCAUACUUAGAGGAAAUAGCACAGGGCCCUAAGAUGGAAGACAGCUUUGAGACCCCUACCAGGAAGAGUAAAUCUAAGAAGAGGAGGAGUAGAAAUAAGAGUAUGUCAGAGGAUGUAGAUAAGUCUGGUUCUCUGAGACAGCGACAGAUUUCUAUAAGUUCUGAUAUCAGUGUCAAAUCUGAUGAUGAAAUAACAGAGGUAGACACAGUAUCUAGUCCAACAGAACCUAUAUUUAAGGAUAUACCAUUGGAAGACAGAACAAUCAAAGACAAGUCUUCUCCUGUGUCUAUCACAGUACCUCCAGGAGGAUCUAAAUGGGGUCCAACUCCAUUAAGUCCAUCUCCUGGACCUAUGUGGCCUAAAUCUCCACAAUCAUUCACUGAAACAAAAGUCCAAGGUACAGACUUGAGACAGAUCAUGGAAGAAGAAGAUAAAGAUCAUACAAAAUCUACAAGUCCGUCCCAGAAGAGAUUCUCCUGGAAGGAUGUAAAGAAACAACAAGCUAAAUCAGCUCCUGUACAGAAAGGACAAAGCACGAAGACAGAAGAUACCAUUGAAGAAUCAGAGCAGGUCAAAACAGCUUGUCCAUGGGGUGAUGUUGGUAAAGUAGCAAAGUCAUUUAGAGAUUUAAUGGUUGAGGAUAAAAAGAGUCAGAAUACACAACAGAAGUCAGGACAAAGUGCUCAAAACGUCCAACAAAGUCCCCCAAAAAAGUCUGGACAUCAUACAGAGAACCUCAAUCAGAAUGCACAGCAAAAGUCAGGAAAAAGUGCUCAAAACGUCCAACAAAGUCCCCCAAAAAAGUCUGGACAACGUGCAGAGAACCUCAAUCAGAAUGCACAGCAGAAGUCAGGACAAAGUGCUCAAAACUUGAAUGACAAAGGAUCUAGGAAUAAAAAAGCUGCAGAAAAUACUAAAAAUUCUCAUGUACCUAAAGAUCUACUUGUAACUUCAUCAAAGUCUUCUAAGAGUAUUCCUGUGCUUAAAGCCCAGGUUGCAACUACAACAAAGUCAGCGUCUAAUUUAUUCAGUUGGGGCCUACCUACAAGUGCAGUACAUCAGAGAAAGGAAUCUGUAUCAGAAACUCCCCUUGAGAGCCCCAAAAGUCCUACAGAAGCUGUGAAUCCAUGGCAACAGAGACAAGAGGCAGCAUCAGGCAAAUCGUUUAGCUUUACAGAAAUUGUUAAAGACGAAAUUCAGAAGCAUGAGACACUUGCACGUACAACAAAUAAGCCACUAGGAAUGAUACAGAUUGAAGAACAGGCUAUCCAGGAAUUGUUACAAUAUUAUCGUGCUUCAGAAAGUUUUGAUGAAUGUAUCUCAGUAGAAAGAGUUCCUCAGGCAAUGGCAGCACCAUUGUGGACAGCUAAACAACAGAAACAGUCACAUGUAUAAUGCAUUGUACCAAACUCAGAAGUUUUAAUAUUUUUCUCAUAGAAGUAAUACUUAGAUUUUAUUAUGUUUAUUCACACAAUAUUAACUU